ACCAUACCCCAUAUUAUUGCACCAUCAGUCCAUCACCUCUCGAGUCUCUUUCUUCUUUUCUCAGUCUUUUAUUCGACGUAACAUGUCUGGAGUUCACUCUGUCUAUACCUGUAUAACAUGUCAGGUUGCAUUUGAUGGCCCAGAGCUCCAGAGGUCUCAUUACAAGACGGACUGGCACCGUUACAACCUCAAACGUAAAGUGGUUGAGCUCCCUCCAGUCACAGCAGAGACAUUCAAAGAGAGAGUUCUGGCACUCAAGAUGGAGGAGAGUCUCAGUGUUGAAGAGAAACAUCUCUACUGUACUCCUUGUCGCAAGACCUUUUCAAGCGAUAAGUCGUUUGAGAGUCAUCAACGCUCACAGAAACACAAAAGCAUUGUCAAAAAGAAUGGAGAAACCUCACCUCCAAAAGUCAAGACGACAUCAAAGAGCGAGACGGAAAUUAAGGAAGAAGAAGAGGAUAUGGAAGAAGUCGAAGAUGGAGAACCACUAACUGUAACAGAGUGUCUCUUCUGUCCUCAUUGUGAAGAGGACAUGGAAUCAAACCUUGAUCACAUGAGCCGAGCUCAUGGGUUCUUCAUCCCUGACAUUGAGUACCUUACCGACCUCAAGGGACUCAUUGAGUACCUUGGUGAGAAAGUAGGCAGUGGUAAUCUAUGCCUCUAUUGUAAUGAAAGAGGCAAAAUGUUCUUUACAGUUGAAGCUGUACAGCAUCACAUGAUUGAUAAAUGUCACUGUAAGAUAUUCUUUGAAGGAGAUGCUGCUCUGGAAUAUGCUGAGUUUUACGAUUACACUAAGAGUUAUCCUGAUGAGGGAUCUCCUGAUGAUGACGUCGUUCAGUCUGGAUUGACUGUUAAUGAUGAUCUUGAAUUAGUGUUACCAUCUGGUGCAAUGUUAGGCCAUCGUUAUCUCAAGAACCACUACAAGCAGCGAGUCCCGCUUAUGGUCACACGUAAGCCAAGUCUUGUGUCUAAAGUGGUUGCUAACUAUCGCUCGAUUGGUUGGAAGGAAUCUUCAGAUGCAUUAAAGAGGCAGAGAGAUGUUGCUUGGGCAUCGAAAAUGGCUCAGCAGCGAAAGAUGAAGCUGAGUGUUAAGGCAAAUAGCUUUCAGAAGCACUUUCGUCCUCAAGUUGUGUUUUAAGACUGAAGUUGUCUUGUGAUAUUAAUAUUGUUGCAUUUAAUGUAUUAUAAAUUUUUGCCCACUUUGAUGUCUUUUUGUGUCUAUAAAAAGCUCCAAGUAGUUAUUUAACUAA